CUCAUUCCAUUCCAAUUUCAUCUUCAAAAAAGAGAGGGAAAAAAUGGAUGUGGAUGAGAGCAUUGUUUCAAAGUGCACUCCAAUUGUACUUGCAAAGCCUUUGUCUUUGGAGGAGGAAUCUGAUGCGGAAAAAGCAUCGAAUCUUCUACGUCAUGUUUUGACUAUCAUCAAAGAUCUACGGCCAGGAUUGGAUCUCAUUUCCUUCAAAUACAAGGCCCCACCAUACUACAACAUGCCAAAAUCUCAUCUUCAAUGUUUUGGAGAAUCGGUGUAUUGUUUGGGAGACGACAUGUUGGGGAAGUGUAACGACGGGAAAACUGGUGUCGACCGAUUGGCCGCAGUUGUCGGAUGGAGCAUUUCGACAACUCGCCCUCUCAUUUUUGGGGUUUUCCCUUAUAACCCAAUUCUUGGAGAGACCCAUCAUGUUUCCAGGGGCACUCUCAACGUCCUACUUGAGCAGGUUUCACAUCAGCCACCUGUAGCUGCCCUUCAUGCCACUGAUGAGAAACAUAACAUAGAAAUGAUAUGGUGUCAUCACUUUUCUCCCAAAUACCGUGGUACAUGCGUGGAAACUGAGAUGUGCGGGAAGAGGCAGCUAAAGCUCAAAAACCAUGGCGAAACUUAUGAAAUGAACUGUCCAAACUUGGUGUUCAAAUUCCUUCCAACAAAGGGGCUUGAAUGGGGAGGGAAAGUGAAGAUCCAAUGCCAAGAAAAUGGCCUAACAGCUGAAAUAAGUUAUAAAGGCCUUGGCUUUUUAGGUCGCAAAGCAAAUAGUAGAGCCAUCAAUGGCAACAUUUUUGGUGAUCAAUCUAAUUUUCCCAUUAACCUCUGUGACAUUUACGGCCAUUGGGAUAGAACUGUCACACUGAAGGACAACAAUGGGAAUGUUAAAGUAAUAUACAAUGCAAGGGAAGUGAUUUCCAACUUAAAAGCUCCUCUUGUUCAUGAUCCCAAGGGUGUUUGGGCAACAGAAUCAGCCAAGGUGUGGGGGGAAGUGAGCCAAGGGAUUAUGAGCAAAGAUUGGAAAAAGGCAAAGAAAGCAAAGAAAGAAGUGGAAGAAAGGCAAAGGGAGAUUGCAAAACAGAGAGAAUCAAGAAUGGAGAAAUGGGUUCCAAAGCAUUUCAAGCUCUCUUACUCCAAAGAAAAUGGUUGGGAUUGCUCUCCUAUUCAAACCACUGUCCCACCAGCCCCCAUUGUUGUCCCAAUUUAGUACCUUUUUUUAUUGUUGAACAAAAGUUCAUAAAGGUUAUAUUAUAUGGUAUGGAAGAAAUAAAGUUACAAAAAUGGUAACUAGUGUAAUAAAAGUGUAGAAUAUAUCAAACCUUUGUUUGAAUUCUUUCUUUUUUAG